AUGGGCAGACCACCAUGUUGUGAUGAGAAUGGUUUGAAGAAAGGGCCAUGGACACCAGAAGAAGAUGAGAAGCUUGUUGAUUAUAUUAAUAGGCAUGGCCAUGGAAGUUGGAGAGCUUUACCUAAGCUAGCAGGAUUGAAUAGGUGUGGUAAGAGCUGCAGAUUAAGGUGGACUAACUACCUAAGGCCUGAUAUCAAAAGAGGCAAAUUCUCCGAAGAAGAAGAGAGAAUCAUCAUCAACCUCCAUUCUGUUCUUGGAAACAAGUGGUCAAGGAUUGCAACCCAUUUACCGGGAAGAACUGAUAACGAAAUCAAGAACUUCUGGAAUACAUACCUGAGGAAAAAGCUUCUGAAACUUGGUAUUGAUCCAGAAACUCAUAAACCAAGAACAGAUCUGAAUCACCUCCUGAACCUUUCCCAGUUGCUAACCGCUACGCAAUUCGGAAACACCAUUAACACUACUAGUCCUUGGGACAAUGCCCUGAAGUUGCAAGCAGAUGCUGCUCAACUGGCCAAGCUCCAGUUGUUGCAAAAUCUAUUGCAAGUGAUAAACACAGCAACCAGUAGCACUAGUGCUACUGUCACUAAUCCACAGUUUCCAUUUAUGGAUCAAAAUAGCGGUACUAGUAUUUCUAAUCUAUUGGGUUCUCAAAAUUUUAACCCAAUCCUAGGGCUUUUGAAUGGAACAAGCAAUAAUAUGAUGAAUACAGGUGCUGCUGAUUUUGUUCCUCAAUAUUAUGAAUAUUCCAAUAAUAAUGGGUCAUCUCAAGGUGUUAUAGAUACAUGGGGUUCUCCUGAAUUAGGUGGUGGGUUAGAGUACUUGGAUGGUAGUGUUAAAGCCAUGGCCGAUAGCAACAACAACAACGACAACAAUGGAAGCUAUGAGAUUAAGCCUCUUCCUGAAUUGACUUCAUCACCAUCUGAUCAUUCUCAUGGAACUUCUGCCGGAACCAAUCAAAUGGAAGAAAGCAAGAGCGAUAUUGAUCAUACUCAUGAGUCAUCCACUUCCACAAUCUUUGAAGCCUGGGAAAAACUCAUGGAUGAUGAAGAUAGCGAAACUUACUGGAAAGAUAUUUUAGAGUAA